GCUAUGUGUUAGAGAAGUUCUAGGCAGCUUAUAGAGUAGGUUAUGUGGUCAGCACAACAUUGUGGGUCAAAGGGCCUGUAAUGUGCUGUAGAUUUUCUGUUUUUAUCUUGUCCAAGGAUAACAGUGCAACACUACAAAAACAGUGCUGCAAACUCAACCCUGAUUUAUGCUCAAGUUUCCACACUGCAGCUUAAAACGUCUAUUUAUUUAGCAUGUUUAAUGAAACAAUGAUGCUGAAUUAUAUAAAAGAACAAUUCUGAGCUACAAAAAGAGAUAUCAAAAAAUGAAAAUAAUGAAGCUGCCAAGGCCAGAAAUCUGAAACAAGAUCAGAAAAUGGUGGAAACAUUCAACAACUUAAGCACUUCUGUGACAAGAAAAUCAGAGUUAAAGUUUCAGGUUAAAGUGCAAAGAUGUUGCUAAGCAGCUGAGCACUUUUUUUAAAAAUCUGUUUUUGUAGGGAGGUAUUAGAGGUGAUGAUCAAAAGAGGUCGAUUUAAAAGGUCUUAAAGUAAAAGAGUACUUUUUAAAAAAAUAUUUCAUCCUGAUACAGCGUAGGAAACUCAGCAAGUAGUUUCUGCACAGAAACAGCAAUGUGACAAAUGAAUACACAAUUUUUUUUAUAUAUAAUGCUGAACUAAGGAUAGACAAUGGGCGCGGUAUCAGCAAUAGCUUUUUUGAAAUGAUUCCAUUGGGUUGUUAACGCCCACCUGAGAGAUCAGACCAUUAUACACUGACAGUUUCCUGCGUAAGAAUAGAUACAUGCUCUUUGGAAGUAGUGCAACAAGAAAUCACAAGAAUGAUUCCAGGGAUGGAGAGGAUUGACCAUUGUGAAGAGAUUAUAAAUGGGUAAUGAAUUCUCUAGCAUUCAGGAUAAAAGAUUUGCCUCAUUUAAACAUAUAUUUUUAAAGGUUCUGACAGGAGAAGAUGCCUACUUUGAGCACUGGACAGAAGCGAGCAUUAUCGCCUCUUAUGAUUGAAAUGAAAAGAGAUGAUUUCAUUCAGAGAUAUUGUGCAGAGCAUUCUAACUGAUUGCAUCACCAUCUGGUACGGAGAGACCACUUCACAGGAUUGGAAAAAGAUGCAGAAAGUGUAAGCUCAACUAGAUCCAUCUUGGGCAUUACCCUCCCCAGCAUCAAGGACACCUUCAAAAAGUGGUGCCUCAGAAAGGCGGCAUCCAUCAUUAAGGACCCCCAUCACUCAGGACGUGCCCUGUUCUCAUUGCUACCAUCAAGAUGGAGGGGAUUGAGGUCAAGAACCAUGAGGUAGUGUUGUAGCUCUAUAAAAACCUGCUUAGAUCACACUUGGAAUGAGUACAGUGUUUCAUCAUUUGGGACUUUUAAACGGCUUGGAAUUCCAGGGCCAAGGCCAGUACCAUUCUUCGGAACAUUCUUGCAUUACAGAAAGGAUUUUUGAUGGGAGAAGGCCUCUUCUCUGCAUUAUGGACCUUGAUCUGAUUAAAUCGAUAUUUAUAAAAGAAUUCUACACGUUGUUUACCAACAGGCAGGAUUUUGCUCUGAACGGUCCAUUUAAGGAAUCUAUCCUGGUUAUCCACGAUGAGCGAUGGAAGACAGUCCGAAGCAUUCUUUCACCAACAUUCAGCAGUGGGAAGCUAAAGGAGAUGCAUUCAAUAAUCUGUCAUUAUGCAAACAAUCUUGUGAAAUUGGCUGAAAAAAAAAUGAAGAUGAAUGAAGUUGUCGAACUGAAGGAAUUUUUUGGAGCAUACAGUCUGGACGUGGUCAGUAGUACAUCAUUCAGUGUGGACGUUGACUCCAUCAGCAACCCCAAUGACCCAUUUCUCAAGAAUAUCAAGAAAAUUUCUGAUUUUUCCUUCUUUAAUCCACUGUUACUUUUGAUUAUGAUGUUUCCUCCCCUUAUUCCAAUCCUGGAAAAAUUGGAUAUCAGCAUCUUCCCAAAAGAAGUGAAUGACUUUUUCAUGAGAGUCAUACUAAAUAUGAAGGAAAAGAGGCAGAAAGGUGUACACGGUGAUCGGGUGGAUUUUCUGCAGCUGCUGGUUGAUUCUCAAGCAACAGGCACUAACUCAGAGCAGCAGAAUGAUGCCGACAAUUCAACGCAUAAAACUCUGACCGACUCGGAGAUAAUGGCACAGUGCUUCACCUUUGUGUUUGCUGGGUAUGAGACCACCAGUAACACGCUUGCAUUCUUGGGGUACAAUCUGGCCAUGCAUCCAGAUGUGCAGAAGAAAUUGCAGCAGGAAAUAGAUGAGGCUUUUCCCAACCAGGCUCCACCCACAUAUGAUGGUGUGAUGCAUCUGGAGUACCUGGAAAUGGUGAUAUCUGAAACACUAAGGUUGUAUCCUCCUGCACCCCGUUUGGAUAGAGUCUGCAAGAAAGAUGUCAAGCUCAAUGGAGUGACAAUUCCAAAGGACACUGUAGUUGUGGUACCUGCUUAUGUCUUGCAUCGUGAUCCAAAGUACUGGAAAGAACCCGAAGAAUUCAGACCUGAGAGGUUCAGUAAAGAGGAAAGUAUGUCUCGGAAUCCUUGCACCUUCCUGCCAUUUGGGAUAGGUCCUCGAAAUUGCAUUGGGAUGCGGUUUGCUCAACUUAUGAUGAAGGUCAUCAUGGUUUUACUCUUGCAGCGGGUGACUUUUGUGCCAUGCGACGAGACUCCGAUCCUCUUGGAAAUAGAUGUGAAAGGACCCGUACGUCCUAAAAAGCCAAUAAUUCUGAAAUUUGUGCCACGAGUAGAUACUGAUUCAAAGGAAUAAAACUGAAGAAUUAUUAGCAGCUAUGAAAUAUUUGGAGUAUGUAUAUCUCAAACUACUGAAAUUAUCUUCAUUCUAACACUUUUAAACAACAUAUAUAGAAACAUAAUGCACUUUUAAAUAUAUGUAGUAUUGUUAAAUAAAGCUAAGCAUCCAAACACCAUCUUGUUGUUGAGGCUGAAUAUUGAGGAAAAUGCUAAUAUUCACAGGAAUGCUUUUCUGGGAUUGGUCCAUUAAUUAUUGAUUGCUGAAUACAAUUUUGCAUAAAAUGUUUAAAAAUUUCAAAAUUGAAAUGAAUCAUCUCUGAAACUUUUAAAACUAAUUUUGCACUUUUAAACUUUUUCUAUUAAAAACUAUCAGUUAAUACUUUUGGCAAACUAAUUUUUGAUUAUAAGAAUA